CGUUAAUUUGUCAACCAAACAAAGAAAUUUAUUCACCCGCUUUAUUUUCGAACCCACAGGAAUGCAAUAUUAUAUAAUAAUUAGGUAGGACAAAUCAAAACGGUUACAAAUAUGUGUGUGUAUAUAUAUGUUUGCAUUAUUCUAGUAGUAUACUGUACCUUUCUGCUUCAGCAAUUGUUUUGAUCAACUUAGUUCCCAAAUUGAAGGAUGUGCAUAACUUUGUUUGUUUGGCAAGCCCACCCUCUAUACCCAUUCCUUCUCUUGCUCAACAGAGAUGAAUACCACAACAGGCCGACGAAGCCAGCAACAUGGUGGGAAUGUGGUGAGAUAUUGGGAGGGAAAGAUGAGAUUGGCGGUGGGACAUGGUUGGCUUCUUCAAGAGGAGGCAGGGUUGCUUAUGUCACUAAUGUUUUGGAGCUUCAUAACCUUCCUGUGGCGAAAAGCAGAGGUCACCUCCCUGUGCGUUUCUUAAAGAGCAAAAAAAGUCCCAAAGAAUUUGCUGAGGAAGUGGUAAAAGAGGCACAUGAGUACAAUGGAUUUAACCUGAUAGUUGCAGAUCUUUCCUCCAAAUCAAUGCUUUAUAUUUCCAACAGACCAAAAGGGGAAGCUGUGUUGGUUGAGGAGGUUUCUCCUGGUAUACAUGUUCUCUCAAAUGCAAAGCUCGACUCACCUUGGCACAAGUCUCAACGUCUGGAACUGAAUUUUAAGCAACUGCUUGGUGAAUAUGGUGAUGGUGAAAUCCCCAUAAGCGAGAUGGUAAAAAAACUAAUGAGAGACACAGUAAAAGCUGAUAAAAGCAGGUUACCUCACAUACAUAAUCCUGACUGGGAAUUCAAUCUAAGCUCCAUAUUUGUCAAAGUUGACACCCCAUUGGGACGGUAUGGAACCAGAAGCACUACAGCAUUGACAGUAAAAGCUGGGGGAGAAGCAAGCUUCUAUGAAAUUUAUCUAGAGAGUGCAAAAUGGAAGGAGCAUACACUCAAGUAUCAGAUUGAGAAACUGAUCAAGUAGAUACAUACAGACAUGUACGCGUGUGUGUGUGAUACAUACAGACAUGCGCGCGCGCGCGUGCAUACUUAAAUUUAUUUGCAUAUGUUUAUCGAUAGAUAAAUGUCUUUUGAGUUC